AUGACUUUCGCAAAUGUACGCAUAUCGAAAGGGAGUAAAACAUUACAUGGAUGGUACAUACAUCUGAUCCCAUAUGAAAUGACGCUUAAAGAAUUCUUUUAUAAGCUGGUUAAUAAUAAAAUUUCGCCAGAUAUAUUAGUUAAUGUGGGUAAUUUUGAGCAAAUAAAACAUAUUGAUUUAAGUAAAUUAAUUAAUCCACUGAUGAAUACAACACAAACAAGUCCUGAUUGUAAAAUUAUCGAACUCACCAGCGAGUUUGGAAAGAAUGUCCAUUAUCAUCUUCAUAAUGAUGGAGUGCAAUAUAGCAAUUUAGAUAAAUAUGAUAAAUACAAAAACAG